GUUUAUGUCCAGGUCUUGGCCUGUUUAUUUCACUCCAUAUGUGUUUUGGCUCGCCUGACGGUCACACUGCCCACUGCCGCUUAUUCCUCUGAAGUCCUGUACGCACAUUAUUUUUACACACGCCCCCGGACCCAAAGCAGUAGUGCUGUAACGAAUUAAUCAGAUUUUCUCUAAAACAGCCGUCUUUGCGACGCCGUGUAAGCUGAAGGGAGGGCUCCUGGGUUGGAAGGUCAUGGUAUAAAAGCCAGGAGGCGCUAGUGAUUGCCACUCACCCUACACACUGUCAACAGUGACGGAUUACAGGAGGCAGCAGAGCAGAUUCAUUGACAGAACCGAGGGCCGAGUGGAUCUAUAACUUUCCAACAACAUGUCAAAGGUAUUUAAGAAGACCAGCGGCAAUGGACAUAUUUCCCUGUACUUGGGGAAGAGAGACUUUACCGACCAUGUGGAUUCAGUGGAAAUAGUCGAUGGGGUAGUUAAAGUGGACCCUGCUGGUCUUGAAGGCAGAAAAGUAUAUGUCUACCUUGCUUGUGCCUUCCGCUAUGGAAGCGAAGAACUGGAUGUCAUUGGGCUGUCCUUCAGGAGGGACAUCUGGAUAAAGCGCAUUCAGGUGUAUCCACCUACAGGGGAAAGCGCCGCCAACACACCAAUGCAGGAAUCGCUCAUGAAGAAAGUUGGAGAGCAAGGAUGUCCCUUUUCCUUCCAGAUGCCAACAAAUCUCCCGUGCUCAGUUGCCCUGCAGCCAGCUCCAAACGAUUCUGGCAAGGCCUGUGGCGUGGACUUUGAGGUUAAAGCAUACCUGGCCAACGCACCCAGCAACGUAGAUGAAGUAAUUGAAAAGAAAGACACUUGCCGCCUGAUGAUUCGUAAAAUACAGUUUGCACCAGCUAACAACAAGGCCGGACCCAAGGCGGAAAUUUCCAAACAGUUCAUGAUGACUGACAAACCAGUUCACUUGGAGGCCUCCCUUGAAAAAGAGCUAUAUUACCAUGGAGAUCCUAUCACCGUCAAAGUAAAAGUCAACAACGAAACCUCUAAGGUUGUGAAGAGUAUCAAAGUCUCAGUUGAGCAGCUUACAAGUGUGGUCCUCUACUCAUCUGACACUUACACCAAGGCAGUUUGCACUGAGGAGUCCAGUGAGCAAGUAAACGCCAACUCCAAACUGGAGAAGACCUUCGUUAUCACCCCCCUGCUGGCCAGCAACACGGAGAAGCGCGGCAUCUCGGUGGACGGGCGGCUAAAAGACGGGGACACCAACCUGGCCUCCACUACCCUGAGUGAAGGAGACAAGGAGAUGCAGGGAAUCGUUGUGUCCUACAAAGUCAAGGUCAAUCUGGUCGUGUCCGGAGGAGGCCUGCUGGGUGGCCUUACAGCAAGUGAUGUCUGUGUGGAGCUUCCUCUGUGUCUGAUGUCCCCAAAACCAGCAGGUGAGUGCAGUGUUUUAACCAAAGAUAUUUCACUCAAACUCAACUAUAACAAACCUGAUUAAUGUGUUUUUAUAUUAUGUCCUCCCUUUUUAUCCAUUCAUUACACGUCACCGGUGUCUAAUGAGCAGAAGUGUAAGUAAACAAGUCCCUAUGAAAACAAAUUUGCUUU